AUGAUUUCACAACAGACAGCUGGGCUUUCAGAUGACGCGCGGAUACGCAGGACGCUCGAGCACGGUAGAACGCUCUUAGGGUCAGGGUGGCGAUGCGUCGAAUCGUUCGACGACAUCAACGAGGACGCGUUCGAGGACGAGGAGGAAGAGGAAUACGUCUUGAUGGACUUGGGGACAUCGGUAGACACACGGACACUUCAGACUGAGGCGACGUACCAGCUCAUCGGCCUUGACACCCCGAUCCCCUUCCUCAAGAUCGGCGAGAACGUGUUCGAGGGCCGCAUCUCGCCACUCAUCGGCGACGAAGUUGUGUUCGAUGUCGUGCGACAGGAAGAGUCGCAGCGACCCCACUACCGCCCGCUGUUGAAGACGCGACAGCGCGUCGAGUUCCGCGGCAUCAGCCUCGUCGAGCGGGGUGCUGAGCGCGAGGUACCACAGCCAAAGUCACCCAAGAUUACAGGGACCCUUGACCGUGGCAUGUUCCCAACGCGACGCCGCCGCAUCCCGGAGGAGGAUCGGGUCAAGGAGGUGGACGAGUUCAAGAUCAAGGCCAAGCCGAAGGGUACCACUCCCCUCCGCCGCUCCGGCCGCUCGCGCGGCGCAGUAGCCCCGACCGUCGCCGAUCUCACUGCGGACCCGGGGAGGGUCGCCAGCGGGCCCAGUGUUGUCCUUACUACGGGCGGGCCUCAGCAAGACGAAAACGACGAGGAGAUGGCGGAGGUUGAGGAAGGCCAGAAGGAAGGAGAAAACGCGAACAAGGGCAAGGGCAGGGGCAAGGGCAAGGAGAAGGCAACGGACACAGCGGAUGUGGAGAUGGCCGAGGACGCCGAACAGGGACCCGAGGAGGAAGCGGAGGUCGAGGCGGACGAGCUCGACGCGACGCCGACGCGGGUCGUGCGGCGGCGUGCAGGGCCCGGGCGGCCGCGUGGUCGUCGAGCAGACCCGGCCACUCCCCGGAUGGUACGCGCUGCUGUCGCUGUCUCGUCCCUCGCCGACCUCGCCGACAUUGCGUAUGCUGGCGGGCUCGGCCCAGCCAACAUCCGGCUGGACGUGGCACCAAACGCGGACGACGAGUUGCUCGCUGCUGUAGCCGCGGUCCGCAGGGGACAAGCGUGGACCCCGGGGACCAAGCUCACACCUGCGCAGGAGGAGCGUCUGCUACGCAACCUGCCUGCCAGUGGGCCAGGGUCACGAGGCGGUCGCCGCGGGCGGGGUUACGGGCGUGGCCGGGGACGUGGUCGACCAGCGACGCGCCGUCGGCCCUUACAUUCCAGUGGGAUGGGGCUGGGUGAUGAUUUCUUCGGCGUCGGAUCGUCAAAUUCUGCAACCCAAUUGGACGCGGAAGAUGAGUAUGAUGAAGAAGAACUCGGCGACGAUGACUACUGGGAUGGCGACGACCAGGAUGACCAGGGUGAGGAUCAGGAUGACCAUGACGAGAUGGAAGUGGACGACGAUGUAGCUUAG